AAAAACUGCGCUGACGUCCAUUCUGUUCGGGAGUAUUAUGGUCUGUCGGGAAUUCAGAGUGGCUGGGACUGGAGAAAAAUAUCAGCUCUGCUAGCGUUAGCGUCCACCCAGCUAACGGGAGGUAGCACGGGGGCAAACAUGGAGCUUUCUGCCGUCGGGGAGAGGGUAUUCGCUGCCGAGUCUAUCAUCAAACGCAGGAUAAGGAAGGGUCGCAUUGAGUACCUUGUGAAAUGGAAGGGGUGGUCUCCCAAAUACAGCACUUGGGAACCGGAGGAAAAUAUCCUGGACUCCCGCUUGUUUGCCGCUUUUGAGCAGAGGGAGCGAGAAAGGGAGCUGUACGGGCCCAAAAAGAGAGGACCAAAACCCAAGACAUUUCUGCUUAAGGCUCAGGCUAAGGUGAAGUCCAAGUCCUAUGACUUCAGGAGUGAAGCAGUCCGAGGGAUGCGCAUCUCCUACCCGGCCCCAGAACCAGUCGCUACCCCCAGGGCCAGAGAGGGCCUGAGAGCGGUCGUUCCCACCAUCUUCCCACCGAGUACUGUCAACCGUGGAGAGAGCGUACGUGUCCGACCGCCUGAACUGAGCCCCCGUGAGCACCAGCAGACUUUGCUUCAUCAAACUAUUCCAGAAGGACUCGUCCACAUACCUAAGAAGAGAGGCCCAAAGCCUAAGCCGCGGUUUAACGAUAGCAGCUGCAGUCCUGCCUUCUCUGAGCACCACAAGAGGAGAGCAGAGGAGCAGGAGAUUCAUGGCCCUCACAAACUGGCUAAGCUCCAGGGUGGUGAAGACAUGAGGCUGGUCAAGCUGGCCCACAGACAUCCAGAGAACCAUGGUCACAGCCAUAAACAUUACCACCUCCACCACCAUCAUCACCACACACACAGCCGCUCCGGUGAGAGCUCCUACAAACAGCUCUACCCAGACCGUCGCCUGCAUCCCCACAGAACGGACAUGGAAACUCACAGGACAAAGGACGGCUCCAGCUACCUGGUGCCCGCGCAUUUCAAGCAACACGCGAAAAUGAGUCUGAGUCGCCCCGCCGAGCUCCCGCUGAUGGAGAAGCCUUAUUUUCUGGACAGGCCGUCCCCGACGCGGCUCGAUGACGAUUUGGACGAAGUGACGUGGAGGCCCUCUCUCGGCAACGUGGAGAAGGUCCUGGUGACGGAUGUGACCACCAACUUCCUGACGGUCACCAUCAAGGAGAGCAGCACUUCUAAAGGCUUCUUUAAAGACAAAAGAUGACGGACUGUCAGCAGAAUCACUCUGAAGUUUGUAGGACAUAGUGGGAUUAUUAAGCAAAGCAGUUUUUGUAUGUAAUGUAUAAAGGCAAAUUACAUAAUGUGCAUAUGUGUAUAUAAUAUAAAGCUGGACAUCUAUUUAAUGUAUUGACCAAAUCAAAUGAAGUCCGUUUCACAUUGUGCACUGUGAACAUGAGUUGCAUGUUUCCUUUGCAGCAGGUGGCUACUUUCUGUACAGAGCUUGUGACUUUUACUAUUUUGCAUUUAUAACUAACAAGAAUGUAUUUUGCCCACGUGCAUCUUCCCACCUGAAACUGUGAGAAGUUAAACUUAACUGGGAUGUUUAAUUCAGUCUGCGGUCCGACUGCUUCUCUUUAUUUGAACAGUUUUGACUGAAAAGUUCUGUUUAAUUCAAUCCUGGGCUGAUAUUUAAAAAUGAACUCAAGCACUUUGAAUUUAAAAGUAUUAAAAAAACAGAACAAGUUUGUCCAGGAGUUUUCAAAAACUUAAAACUAAAUUAACAAAUUCAACACAGUCAUAAUAAAAGUUUCCCCAAGGUGAAUAUAACAUUUCUCUCAUUAACGUACUUCCUAUAUUUUACAUUUUCAUAGAAAAAGGAUCCUAAAGCUUUGUUGUAACUGACAAAAAAGUUGCUUUUUAGACGCUUUUCAAUAAAUCAUUUGAAUUUU